AUGGCCGCCAUUAUGCAGCAGCUGGCUGUGCUCUGCAAGCGACAACGGGCGAGCAGCAUCCCGCCACUCCGCUUCGAGCCCGUCAACGCCAGCUCCGGGCUGGGCUUUGAGCUGAAGGCUAUGGAGAACUUGAAGCAUGGCGUCACCAUCGAGUCUCUGCACCGGAAGUCUGUGGAGUUCUGGAUGGAGAGGUUCGCAGGUUCCCCCAUAAGGCGUGCCAGCUACUUGGUGCCCCUCGGCGCAGCGUGGCAGGCGUUCAACAAGACCUGGGGUAUCUCAGCCAGCGUGUACCUUGACGUUGCGACGUUGGAGAUGUAUAAGACCCUGUACAUUCCUACCUUUUGCAGGAAGUACGAGAUCAAGGGCGUCCCUGCCUUUCGCUACCUCCGCAGCGGUGGGGCCGCUGGCGUCUACGGCGAUGCGAACUGGGUUGCCCACUUCGUGUCGAAGGACGGCAAGACAGCCAGUGUGGGGGUAGCGCAGGAGCACUGGGACAAGCUGGUGACCCAGCUAGCUGAGGACCUGGAUCUGCUCCGGAGCACGGGCUCCGUCGGCUACUCCAUGCUGGUGUCCGUCUUCGAGGACGUCCAGCCCGACCCCGAUGCGCAGAACCCGCUCGGGAAGCGGGCCUGGCAGGCCUUCAACUUCGAGACCCAGGAUCUCGAGGUCGUGCUCUUCGGAGGGAUCGUCGACUAUCUCCAGACCGCUGAGAUCGCACGCCUCGAAGGUCGCGUGGUCGGCACGGACAUCGGCAGCGAGCUCGUCGAGUCGCCGGGCGUGUACGCCUGCAGGCUCCUGCUCUUCAUCUCCACGCAUAUGCUGGCGCCGUGCAAAUGGCCCAAGUCGGACUCGAAACCGAAGAGCUGCGUCAAGGAUUGGACUGAGGCCUUCCACGGCAUCUUCAAGUCGGAGGAGACGUCGGCGGGAAGCACGUUCUUGCCGCAGAUCUGCGAGAGGUUCGACGGCGGACCAGCCGACCUCAAGAGAAUCGCGGCCGGCCUUAUCAUGCACGUCGACGAGAAGCUCGACAAUGACAGGCCGUGCGUAAACGGCUUUCGCGCGCCAGAGCACUGCAUCGACAAGUGGACGUACAAGGGCGAGGAGUACACGCAGUGCGCCCGCACCCAGUUCGAGUACUCGGAGGUGCUGGCGCCGUGGUGCUCCUGGGAGCACGAGCUGCCCGAGAACUCUGGCUGGGACGGCCCCUGGAGCUACUGCACGAGGUGCUUCGGCAGGUGCGACGAGACGGCCGACGUGGAGGCCGUGGUGCACCCGUGCCAGUGCGGCGAGCACCUCUGCCAGACGGGCCGGACUUGCAGCAGAGACCCGCGCCCCGACGUCGGGCUCGUGUGCGAGGACCUGGACGGCAGGACCCUCGCGAGGAAGUUCUGCGAGUCGGGCAGGCUCGGGGACGGCACGCCGGAGUCGCCAGGCAGCGCCCACGAGGCGAAGGGGAUCCUGGGCUCGGUCCAGGAGCUGUGCGAGUCUGGCCACGACCUCGACGCCGAGCUGUUGCCGGGCACCCCGGUGGGGGGCAAGGUGUUUCUGCUGAAGGCCCAGGGGUCCUUGGACCACGGUCUCGUCUUCAAGGAGAUCACCCCCUCGGAGAAGAACGACUGGGAGAAGAACUUCGCCUCCAUGCCUCCCACGCGCGCGAGCUACCUGGUUCCCAUGCUGACGACGUUCGAGGCGUAUGGAAUGCUGUGGGGCGUCGAGCCCAACUCGUUCUUGGACAACCCGCCACCAGGUGACAACUACCACAUCAAGGGUUUCACGAACUUCGCUUGGACCAACGACUGGCCGAGUGGCCUCAGCAUAUCCGUGGAGCACUGGGAAAAGCUUACCAUCCGGCUGUCUCAGGAUAUGGAGUCGCUCAAGGAUGCGAAGUCGAGCAUGUACGAGAUGGGGGUGACUGUCUUCGACGAGCCUCUUUACGAUACGAAGAACUCGCGCGGCAAGCACGUCUGGAGGGCACACGGCUGGGACGACAACAAGAACGUCGGCGUUCUCCUCGGCGGCGUGACGGACUACCUGGACAAGGGGAGCCACGACGGCGCGGACUCGGAGGGCUCGUCGGAUUCCGUCUACGCGUGCCGCCUCUUCCUCUUCGUCACCACGCAGGCGCUGACGCCGUGCAGGUGGUCGCGCAGCGUGGCGAAUCCCCAGGAGGAGCAGUGCGUCAGGGACUUCACCCCCGUCUUCGAGGCCAUCCUCGGCAGGGGCGAGGUGCCACCCGCCACCGACCAGCACGCGCUGAGCGAGAUUUGCCGGCUGGUCGACCAGGAGGAGGGCAGCCUCCUGCGAUUCGAGGCGGAGCUCCUGUCGUACGUCGUCGGGAAGCUGGACGGCGACAUGCCGUGCGAGAACGGUGUGCGGCUCCCAGAGCACUGCGUGCAGAGCACGAAGUACGCCGGGCAGAGCUAUGCGGGCUGCGUGGCGGACGUCUCCUUGUUCGACGACGUCAGAGCCCCGUGGUGCGCCUGGGAGGCGGAGCUCGAUCCGAAUCCCGAGUGGGACGGGCCUUGGAGCUAUUGCGUGGUGUGCCCGCAGAGCACGCCAGCUCCUCCAGACCUGCCGCCGACGGACGAGAAGAGCACGCCGGCGCCGCCCGACAGGACCUUCAUCCCUCCUACGUCCUACGUGCUGCUCGCGCCUGUACGUCAUGCGUGCUCGGGUCACGCAGUGGCGGACGCCGUUGCGGACGACACGACGACGGAGACCCUCAAGCAGUUGCACGAGCUCUGCAGGGCGAGCGGGGGCGAGCUCUCCGCGUCGGGACUGCCGAGUGGGCGGGGCGGCGGCAGGGUGUUCCUGCUGAAGGCCCAGGGCCCCCUGAAGAUCGACCUGGUCUUCCGCUCCCUGGCAGCGAGCGAGCAGGCGUACGCGCGUGGGCAGCGGGAGGCCCCGGUCGAGCACAGCCUUCUCGUGCCCCUGCUGUCGGUCUACGACAGCCGCGUCCCGGGGGACGAGGUCUGGGCGGUGAUGCCCUCUACGCGGAUCAGUGUGGGCUCGGAGGGCAUGGAGAUGAAGAGCUAUGACAUCGUGGGCCUGCCGAACGACCCGCGGAACGCGGGGUGGUUGGAAGACCACCCCGCGAGCAGCGGCGGUUUCGCGGGCGUCGGGAUCUCUCAGGAGCACUGGGCGAAGCUGAUCAUCCGCCUCGUCGAGGACCUGCGGACGCUGAAGGAACAUCACGCGAUCGAUUACGCUCUGGAGAUCACGACCUUCAGGCGGUCGCCGGAGGAGGAUGCUCGGGUGAAAAACUCCCGCGGUAAGCACGUGCUGCGAGCGUACGACCCGCGAACAAAAGGGCUCAUCGGCGUGCUGCCAGGAGGCGUGGUGGACUACCUGAAGGAUGCCAGGCUGGAAAGAGACGUGGGCGUCUCGGACAGCAUGUAUGCGUGCGAGUUUCUGCUGACGACCGCGACCCAGGUGCUCAGGCCGUGCAAGUGGCCCAUCGUGGCUGACACGCCGCCCGAAGAGGACUGCGUGACGGACUUCUACCCUGCUCUUCAGCAGAUGCUGCCUGGGGACGAGGACACGCUCCCGUCCGAGGAUGACCCGUCGCUGAUCAGUAGAUUCUGCACGGCCAUCGAGGACAGUACCCAGAGCCUGUUCGCAUGUGCUGGCUCCCUCUUGGAGUUCGUUGACGGGGAGCUGAACGGCGACAAGCCGUGCAUCGGCGCCCACGAGGGCCAUCCGGGGUUCCGGGCGCCAGAGCACUGCGCCGCAGAGUUCACGUACGACGGUGGCGAGUUCAGGGGCUGCGUCGCCGAGGCCAUCCAAGAGUUGCCUUCUGGCACGCAGAAGCAGCAAGUGCCCGGCACGCACCAGCCGCUGCAGGGCGCCGGCGGGCGGAUCAGGGCCCCGUGGUGCUCCUGGACGGACGCGCUGCACGGCGGCACGGACUGGGACGGCCCGUGGAGCUUCUGCACCAGGCUCAUGGUGGCCUCUUGCUACCGCCGGAUGGGCGCGUCCGCCAUGGCCUUGAAGCUCUACGAGGAGAUCCACCGAGCGCAUCCCAACGACAUCGAGUGUGUGCGGUACCUCAUCACGAUCUGUAAGGAAAUGAACCAGAAGUACGACCACUACGCCGCCCACCUGCGCAAGCUGGAGAGGGCGCAGGAGCAGGGCGUCGGUGGCGGGGCGGCGGGCCAGGGCCUGGAGGAGGAGGACGGGGACCUGACGCAGGGCGCCCCCGGGCGGCAGCCCGUCGGCUCGUUGGGGGGCGGCUUCGAGGAGGACUUCGACGGUGGCCCAGACCUGGCGCCCCGCACGGUGGAGCUCUACCAGGCGGACGAGGCGCAGCUCUCCUCCAAGGCCGCGCCCAAGAGGAGGCUCGCGGCCGCCGCCCGCCCCGUGGCCGACGACGACGGCGACGGGUGGGGGGACGGCGACCUCGACGACAUCCUGCCCCCGUGA